AUGAGAAUCACAGAAGUAAAAAGCACGACACGCGAACAACGUAUCGCACCUCAUACGCACAUUAAGGGGCUUGGUUUAAAUGAAGAAGGCAAAGCCUUUCAGCUUGGCGAUGGCUUUGUGGGGCAAAAUUCCGCGAGAGAGGCUUGUGGAAUUAUUGUUGAUUUAAUAAAAUCCAAGAAAAUGGCGGGCCGAGCUUUACUUUUGGCUGGCGCACCUGGCACUGGUAAAACCGCGAUUGCCCUCGCUAUAUCUCAAGAACUAGGUCCAAAAGUACCUUUUUGUCCAAUGGUUGGUAGUGAGGUAUACUCUUCAGAAGUUAAGAAAACAGAAGUAUUGAUGGAGAAUUUUCGGAGAGCGAUAGGUUUGAAGAUCAAAGAGACCAAAGAAGUUUAUGAAGGAGAAGUAACAGAACUUUCACCUGAAGAAGUAGAAAAUCCUUUGGGUGGAUAUGGAAAGACUUUAUCCCAUGUUAUCAUUGGACUUAAAACAGUCAAAGGAACAAAACAAUUGAAACUGGAUCCAAAGGCUAACACAGGAGCUGUAAAACGAGUCGGACGAUCUGACGCUUAUGCUACCGAGUUUGAUCUAGAAGCUGAAGAAUAUGUUCCUCUCCCAAAAGGUGAUGUUCAUAAGAAAAAGGAAGUUGUUCAAGAUGUUACGUUGAAUGAUCUGGAUAUAGCGAAUGCGCGACCACAGGGUGGACAAGAUAUUAUGUCUAUGAUGGGUCAAUUGUUAAAGCCGAAGAAGACUGAGAUUACGGAUAAAUUGAGAAAAGAGAUAAAUAAAGUAGUCAACAAAUAUAUAGAUCAAGGCAUCGCGGAGUUGGUUCCGGGAGUCUUAUUUGUGGAUGAG